CACUCAUCUCCAUUACUACUUCAUAGUAACGUCAAUUUAAAACAUACACAUAAGCCAUGUCAAGCUACCAAGGUCAAUGCCACUGCGGCAACACUCAGUGGAAGGCGUCGCUAGAGAAGGACCAGCAGGCGCAUGUUCUGUGCCACUGCAAUACGUGCAAGCAGCUCUCCGGCGCGCCGUACACGCUGAAUCAGAUCAUCCCGGCUAAAGCAUUGAGCUUCACCAAGGGUGGUGACGACCUGGGAAAGUACACGUACAAGGGCGAUUCUGGCAAAUCCGUCCAUUGCUACUACUGCAAGAACUGCACCGCGCACGCAUACCACAUGCAGGAAGCCCUCGGCGACGACAAGAUCGUCCUCAGGACCGGACUGUUGGAGCAAGGGCUUAAGGAUUUUGGACCCGGCGCGGAGAUCUUCUGCAAGGACCGAUUGCCAUGGGAGAAGGAGGUUGCGACCUCUUUCGAUGUCAUGCCUCCUUCGUAGAGGAGCGAUGAGACUAUCGUUUGACUUUGGAGUAUGGAGCGGAUGUUGCAUGCGAUGAAACUGGGAGUUGUACAUAGGCUGUUUGGGGACAAGAUGCAUCAUUUGAG